UUUAGUUCAAAAUCUAGUAUAAAUAGUUCAGUCGGUUUUGGGACAGUAUCAUUCGAUGUUGACAUCUCCGUUUCGUAGUAUCUUCAGCAUUUAUAAAGUGGAUUCGAUAGAAAAGUGAUCCAUUUAAAAUAAAUAAAAGUUUCAACAGAUAAUGUGUCAGUGAAGUCCUGAAAAGUUUGAGUUUUUCUGAAUAGCGUUUCUUGUUUAAGAAAAGUGUAUAGGAUUUGCAGUUAUGAAGGUGUUCAUACCCCUAAUAUGCCUUGUGGCAUAUUCAUUCGCUGAACCACCAGUUGGUGAUGGCUACCCUUCGAGCAGAUCUGGCCAGGAUCACCACGGGAGCUCCCACCAUCAGCAUGGAAGCCACGGGGGCAGGGUGUCUGCAUUCGCACGCAACCAGCACGCUAGCCCUACGGCCAGAAGUGGCACUACGGCCAGAAGUGGCCACACGGCCAGAAGUGGCCACACGGCCAGAAGUGGUCUAAGCCAGGAGUAUGGAGCCCCCUCUGCUAGGAGCAGUCCUAGUGAGGAGUAUGGUCUGCCUUCUGGAAGGAGUGAGUUAAGUCAAGAGUAUGGAUUGCCGUCAGCCAGAAAUGGUCCAAGCCAGGAAUACGGGGUCCCAUCAGCAAGGAGUGGUUUGAGCCAAGAAUACGGUGUUCCUUCAGCAAGGAGCAGUCCAAGCCAAGAAUAUGGUGUCCCAACAUCUAGAAGCGGAACCCCAAGUGAGGAGUACGGAGUGCCUUCAGCUAGGAGCGGCUUAAGCCAAGAAUAUGGGGUUCCAUCUGCAAGGAAUUCAAUUAGCCAGGAAUAUGGUGUCCCUUCCGCAAGAAGUGGUAACCCUAGCCAAGUAUAUGGUAUCCCUUCCGCCAGAAGUGGUAACCCUAGCCAAGAGUACGGGGUGCCUUCAGCGCGUAACUCUAUCAGCGAAGAAUAUGGUCUGCCAUCGACUCGCUCAGGCAGUCUUAACCAAGAUUAUAGCGCACCGGCUGCCAGGAGUGGUGAUCCAUCAGGGUUGUACGGUGCCCCUGCAACCAGGAACCAAGCGCUGUCCGAAGAGUAUGGAGUGCCUUCAGCUAACUCUGCUUAUUCCCAAGAUUACGGUCUAUCGAGCCUCACCGGAAUAUCUGAAGACUACGCUGUGCCUGAAGUGGUCAAUGUAGAAGUCGCGAGGUCAAGCCGAGGUCCAUCUGGUAGCCAUAGCGGUCCUGCAGCGAAAUCAUCGACCUCCAACAAGUAUCUCCCUCCUGGUCAACGCAGCAGUCAGCCUUCCGAAGAGUAUGGCACACCGGUCAGUAAAUCAGCAGUUUCUCAAGAAUACGGAGUGCCAAAUGCAAGAUCUGGCCUUCAAAGCCACAGUGACUCGUACUUCCGUAACUCUCCUGUUAGCAGUCUAUCCCAGGAGUAUGGUGUCCCGGAAAUCAGGUCCAACGAUAUCUCGCAAGGAUACACCGCAUCCAGAAAGUCGUCCAGAGGAAAUGCUGGCUUGUCAAGGACUUAUGGCGCUCCGUCUCGCUCUGGUCUAUCCAACCUCAACGCAGCCAACUCUCGGAAAGCAAAUGGCUAUUCAUCCAACGUCAAAAGCUUAAACACAAAGUCUAAGGCCCGCUCUGGAUCGCAAGGGUACGCCGGCGCGCGCUCAAGUGGCCACAAAACUAGCGUAUACGCCUCAUCGUACCCAUCCUUCAGAGGUUCGGGAUCCAAUGGCUACUCAGGCAAAACUUUAGCCAGAAUUUCAGGUGCUUCUGAUACUUACCUUCCUCCAGCAGAGCAAGCUACAGGAAGAAUUUCAGAGACGUAUGGAGCACCUGAAAAGAGCGCUUCAGGGAAAUCUUCAGACUCUUAUGCGGCGGCGAAGAGUGAGUCAGCGGUGGCUAAGAUUUCAGACACUUACGGGGCUCCAGUUGAAGCCAAGAGCCAGGGUAUGCCGUCAGCUCAAUAUGGCGUGCCUGGCCAGUCAGCUGGGUACAACUACGCCAGAGGAAACUCUUUGAACGAUCUUUCUGAACAGGAACCAGCAAACUACGAGUUCGCGUAUAAAGUGAGCGACUUCGACAGCGGCAGUGACUUUGGCCACCAGGAGUCGCGGCAGGACGACCGGGCUGAGGGAACGUACUAUGUGGUGCUGCCUGAUGGGAGCAAGCAGGUGGUAGAAUACGAAGCAGACGAGCGUGGCUUCAAGCCCCGCAUCUCCGUGGAGCCAGCUGACGCGGCAGGGUACGACGACAACGCGGCUGACCUCAGCAUCAGCGCCAGAGCUGGUGAUGGACCGUACUAGGGUGGUUUAUGGGAGGCCCGGGCAGUGAUGUAGCUUGAUAAACUGAAUCACCAACGUUACAAAUUUUUACAGUACAUAAAUAAUUGUCAUCUUUGUGCGAAAAACUCAAAAUAUAUUUUUUCAAACUUAAAAAAGAUGGUAAAUAUAUCAGCUGCGGUAUCACCACCGACAAAUUAGCAAUUAAUAAUCCGGUCAAACAUCUGAAAGAUCAAUACACACAAGUUACAUCAGAUUUGACCAGCUAAUGUUCGGUGGUGGUGGCCCCACAGGAGCUUGAUUAUGGAGUUAGGAGGUACGCUGAUAAUCUCUAGCACCUUCGAGAUAUCUUCGUUAAAAAUCUCCUCUACAUAAAGUGCUAUUUUUAUUGAGAUUUGAAAGUAAUAUGCGAAUGUCUUGUAGUGAAAAUUGUUGGUUACCAAUGAGAUUUCCAGAUAAUAUUCAGAGUUUUUCGUUGGAAAUCUCCUAACGAAACUCUUCCUGGACGGUGUUAAAGUUCAUAUUGGCUUGCAUCAAGAUAUACCUAAGUAAAUCUUACGACUAUGUUUUUUGGACAAGGACUGUUGUUAGUGUUAUAAGAAUGUAAAUUUUAUUUAUUUUUCGUAGCAAACUAUAAAAAUGUAAAAAAAACUGUGUAUGUUUGUAAAUUUCUUAAUCUAAGUUGUGCAUAAAUAAAUAUAA